CCAUUUGCACCACUUCUACAUUUCACCUGGAAGUAGAUUUUAUAUUUGCAUCUGGAAAAACUCUCCCUCCCUCUCCCUUAGUAUUACAAUAACCUAUUGCACCGCCAAAUCUGGACCCCAAAUCUGUCAAACCAUUAAGAUUGCGGACAUUUUUUAUUAUGAUUUCUAACAUUUCCUUUUUCGUUGCUGUCAUGUAGGAUGGCGAUGGAGGGUGGGGAAAACGUUCCUAUUGAGAUAUCCAGUGACUCCUCUAUACAGGAAGAUGAAAUUGAACUCAUUGACUGGGAUGUCCCCCUUACUAAGCAUAAGGCUUCUGGGUCGCAAGCUUUGGGAAUUCCCGCAAGGGUGUCUCAUGCACAAACCAGAGACUGUCGAAGUUGAGUUAGAUGGAGAUUACCAACGUAUGGAAGACUGGACCUUGUUGUGGACUCCUGACAGGCCAACACAGUGCAUGUUUGGGCAUGGAUGGUACGAGUUUGCGGUGGAGAAGAAGCUGCGUGAGAGUGACCUUGUUACCUUUAUGAAACACGAUCAGUUGGUCCGUUUUUUGGUGUUCAUUACCUGAAGAGAACAAUUGGGAUUCAACCCUUAGGAUCUGUUAAGAUCCAUCCUCGCAUGUGUCAUUUAAGUUCAUCCUGUAAUGCCAUCGUUUUUUUUUUUUGCGUCCAACCAUCUAGGAUGAUGGAGUGUUGGGUUACUUGUACUUUUGUUCCAUCCCGCCUUUCACCACGGCAAUAAAUUAUCAGUUCAUGUUUGACAAA